GUGACGCUUCCUAGGGGCGGGUUAUCAACAACAGAGUCGGUCUGUGAAGCUAACGUUACCGAGGUACAGAGCUCGAGUGUUGUUUUGAAUUUGCUAGAAGACACCGACAGGAGGAGGGGGUAGGGUCUGUGGAUAAGAUGGCGGAUGUAGGAGGCGAUGAAACUCGGUCAGCUCUCCCUUCGGCAUCCCGCAACGGUCCGGUCGUCGGCUCGUCGGCGGGCACCGCGGGCCAGAACGCAGCUACGGUAACGUCGGGUCCACGGGUGGUGAGGAUCGUUAAGUCGGAGUCCGGCUACGGGUUCAAUGUUCGCGGUCAAGUUAGUGAAGGAGGACAGCUCCGGAGCAUCAACGGGGAACUGUACGCUCCUCUUCAGCAUGUCAGCGCCGUUUUGCCCGGAGGUGCGGCGGACCGAGCCGGGAUAGCAAAGGGUGACCGGAUCCUGGAGGUUAAUGGGGUGAGUGUGGAAGGUGCCACCCAUAAGCAGGUGGUAGACCUGAUCCGUGCAGGGGAGAAGGAGCUCGUCCUGGCUGUGCUCUCUGUUCCACCUCAGGAGGCUGAUGGAUUGGAAGGAGGAGAGGAUGUCCAACCCAACUAUGACUACAGUGACAAGCAGGCCGUGCCCAUUUCCAUUCCCACAUAUAAACAUGUAGAGCAGCACUCCGAGAGGUUUGUGGUGUACAAUGUGUACAUGUCUGGUAGACAGCUAUGCUCAAAGCGCUACCGGGAGUUUGCCAUUCUGCACCAGAACCUAAAGAGGGAAUUUUCCAACUUCAACUUUCCAAAGCUUCCUGGGAAAUGGCCCUUCUCCCUCUCUGAACAGCAGCUGGAUGCUCGCCGUAGAGGCCUGGAGGAAUAUCUUGAGCGAGUUUGCUCUGUGCGGGUGAUCGGGGAGAGUGACAUCAUGCAGGAGUUUCUCUCUGAAUCAGAUGAGAACUACAAUGGAGUGACAGAUGUAGAACUGCGGAUAGCCCUGCCAGACAAGACCACCAUCUCUGUCAGAGUCCGCAAGAACAGCACUACAGACCAGGUGUACCAGGCGUUGGUGAUGAAGGUUGGAAUGGAUAGUAUUAUGGCGAGCUACUUUGCCCUUUUUGAAGUCAUCAACCAUUCCUUUGUACGGAAGCUGGCGCCUAAUGAGUUUCCCCACAAGCUUUAUGUGCAGAACUACACAUCGGCAGUGCCGGGGACUUGCUUGGCGCUCCGCAAAUGGUUGUUCAGCUUCCAGGAGGAGGAGUUGCUCAGAGAUAACCCACUGGCGCUACACUACUGCUUUCACCAGGCACUGGAUGAUGUGAAGAAGGGAUUCAUAAAAACAGAGGACAAAUCCUACCAGCUGCAGAAGCUGGCAGAGCAGCGCAAGAUGGCCACGUACUUGAGCCUGUUGCGGACUUGUGAGGGCUACAAUGAGGUGGUGUUCCCCCACUGCUCCUGUGACUCCAGGAGGAAGGGACACGUCAUCACAGCUAUCAGCAUUCAUCACUUCAAGCUGCAUGCGUGUACUGAGGACGGCACGCUAGAGAACCAGGUGAUAGCCUUUGAGUGGGCGGAGAUGCAGCGCUGGGACACAGACGAGGAGGGGAUGGCUUUUUGUUUUGAAUACGCCAGAGGAGAGAAGAAACCUCGCUGGGUCAAGAUCUUCACUCCAUACUUUAACUACAUGCACGAGUGCUUUGAGCGGGUCUUUUGUGAGCUGAAGUGGAGGAAACAGGUUGAGGAAGAGGCAUCUGACAAAGACAACAAAAACUGCAGUAACAAUGAGUUUCUGCCUCCUCUGGAGACACAGCAGAAGGGAUGGCGCCACCUAGGGGGGGAGAUUGCAACUUCUUAAAACUAUUGGUCAUCACUCGAACUAGAACUGGUCCACUUGCAUCAUCACAGCCACCCCAGAGAGCGCCCAUCUACAAACACAGAACUGAGCAACAGACUGAGGCGAUCCAUGCCCCGCAAACAAACUGGAAGUGACCAAUUUGGGAAAUUGGAAUAGUCACACUUAACCAAACCCAGGGAAACACACAGCAAGAGGAGCAAUGAAGGAAAAUAAACAAAAGCCAACUUUCAUGUCAUUCACUAGAUCUCCAUAGUGUGUCUGUUGUUUUCCUCCAUACAUCUGCCCUGUGAUGUGGGCAGGACACAAGCAGAUUCUCACCAUCGGUUGAGAUGUAACGCAUAUCCACAGUGUGUGACUGGUCAGGGUUACCACAGCGCUGCAGCAGCACCAUUUGCGCAAAGGGAGCACCUCAAUGAAACACUGCUUGACGAGGGAGCUGACAUCUGGGGUGGGAUCCUGACAGUCGGGGGUCUUCAAUACGACUGACUCGGCGCGAAGCUUGUAGCGUGGCCCACGUCUGCUGAACUGAGCUACAACGAUGGAGAUGAAAAUAUGAGGGGAGGGAUGCGGAAAAACUGGGUUUUCACUUUUUUCAGUUGGCGAUAAAGAACGAAAGCAAAAUCAUGCUUUACACUGAUGCUGGACAUUAACACAAAAAUUAUGUUUUGUAUCUGUGAGGUGAGAAGUAUUCUGUCUUUGUCAGAAAACUUAGGCAACACAGGUCUAACUAACUGAAAAUGGAUGUGAGGAGACGUUCGUGAUUAUAUGUAUGUUUAACAAUCUAACUUCUGAUAAAAUAUAGAUUAAUAUAAGACUUACAAUAAUUGGAUUUCUUGAUCCUAACACAAUGAGCCACUAACUGAAUUGCAUUCAAGCUGCUCUUACUAAUCUCCAUUUACCACUAUGUCUUCUGGUCUCACCCACACUACUUCAGAACGAUGUCUAUUGGCAGCCAGCCAUUAAUGUCAGUAUGGGUAUUUAUCCCCCCUCGCAAGUGUUUUAUUGGUGCGAUUUUGCAGAGCUUGGAAGUUGAGAAGAGGAGGCUUUCUCAUUUCCAGCUCUGUGCAGGGAUGAACUCUUGAACAAAAGGUUGACGGGCCAAAGCUUUGACGUUGUUUGGAACGUCACAUGUUCUACACGGGAGAAAUCUGACUGGCAGGUGAUGAAUUUUAUAGACGGGAUUGGGGUGUUUUUGAGCACAUCUGUCAAUCUGCUGUUUCCUGAACAGGCAGUAGGGAGCAGUAGAGUGUAACACAGGUUUAGUCUCGGGUUUUGAAGAAAUAGAAAUCUUCUCUGAGCUUCUUAAAGAGUGCUCCCUAGGGCUCUGUAACUCACCCAAAAGUAUCCCUCCUCUGCAGUUUGUCCAUUAACCACGUCAGGGGGACAGAUGGUGUGUGUGCAUGUGUGUGUUGUUCUACAGAGUGUAGAUGGUGCAUGAAGUUGUGUGACUGCAACCACAGCCAUCAGCAUACAUAGCAAUGCAGGCAGCUGUCUGCCACUUACUGCAACUAAAUUGAUACAGUAUUAGUUGUGUGUGUGUGUGUGUGUGUGCACAUGACAUUAUGACAUGAUUAUUUUAUGAUUUACACAGAUUGUUUUGUUUUGAAGCAGCAUUUUUUUUUCACACAAAGAUAACAGGUUUAUUUGUGUUUUUUUUUCUGUUUUCUCUCUGUAGAGGUUCAGUUUAAAAUAUUUUUGUCUCACUUUAAGUGUGCUGAAAAUAGCAUCUGAAUGGAGACAGUGUGCGUAAAUGAGCUGAUGUCACCUGAAUGCGAUAGUUUUGUUUACCCCACUAAGGGCUAGUAGUUUAUUUCGGCCGAUUCAUUAUUGACUCACUCUUGUCCUUCACUCACCUUCUGGCAGCGACCAAAAACCUGAAACUGAGAGCGAUGUUUCUCUCUGACUUGUAGAGCAGAUACAAGUUAUAUACAUAUAUUUUUUGACAGCUGAGCGUAGCUUUCAGUUCAAUAAAAUGUGUAUUUCAUGCCUAGGUUUACUCUUAAUUUGCUUUCAGUCAGUUGCCUUGGAGCAGGCUCGUGCGUGUGCAUGCGUGCCGUGUUUGUGUGUGUGUCCUCUAUGUUUAUCAUUGACAUUGCUGAUAAGCUUUUAGGCUCUGAUUGGAUGUGUCUGAUGAGCUGCCGGUGGGAGAGCCAGCAAAUGAAGAUAGGGUUUUGUAUCUGUACGACAGCUGAGACGCCAGACAGAUGGAGAUAAAUGGGAGGCGUCUCCUAUUGUCUAGCAUUCACAACUGCUCAUAUGCUUUUUCAGCAUAACAUACACACAAACACAUCCCCGUCUCCCUGCUACUCUGUGGUUUGACAGAAUUGUUAAGUGCAACAUCAUAAGCUGUUUUGUUAUUCCUGUUGUUGCCUCUUAGGACAGGCGUCGCUUAUACACAGCCUAUAGCAAUACAUACCACACUAGCAUGUUGUGUGUUUUACACACACACACCAGAGAUGGCUAGAUUGAGAGAGAAACUCUAAUGUGCAGAAUGCUUGUUGGUCAUUUUGACAGCCAAAGUAAUAGCAAAUUUAGAGAUAGAGGACGUGAGAAUUGGAGCUGUUCAACCAUGAUGUUUUUUUUUCUUUAUUAGCUGUAGAGGGAGAGGCAGGUAGAGGUUGUGUGAUUGUGUGUGUUGGCUUGUCUGUCCUCUGCUCUUACUCUCUCCAGGUUGGUCUCCCAUCAUCACAGGGGGAUGUGGUUGCCGUGGCAGCACCACGUUGGCUCAACACGCUCAAGUGCAGCCUCUGUUCCUUUCAUUCCUGUCAGCCAACUGACUCACUCCUCCCCAAUAAUGUAUUCAAAGCAGUGUUUUUUACUGUUUGAUGUUUGUUCUAUGUCCCCGUGGCUUGUGCUACAGUGAAAAAGCUUUCUGCUGUUUUUUUAAAAAAAAAAUAUUUACCUGUUUCAGUUCGUCUCGUCUGCGCCAGGUGCCAUUUUAACGCUCCGUGUCAGUCACUAGCAGGUGUGCAUAUGGUCAGUUGUCGUCCGUUUUGACCAUCGGUGAGAUAAAUGUCAUAGUAACAGUGUUUAGGUGAAAGCAGAGAGAUGACAGGAAUGUUAAGAAGCACGUCUUUGUACGGUUGGCCCGUGUUUGAUAGUUCUUGUUCGUCAGUGUGCACCGUGCUGUGGGCCACUGUGUUUGUGUUUGAGAUGCUGGACAGUCUGGGCUUGUAAGUGAAUGAUUAUUUAUGAAAAGAGGAUCGACUUUCACACAGGACUUCACAGAUUAAAAGAAUGCCGGCUGGUACGACAAACGCAGUGGCAGUAAAAUAAAAAAUUAACUUAACCAUCUGUGGACUGCACAUGAAACUCAGAAAGUUUGUGUUCAUUGAAACCGCCACAGAAAUGCAUCAUCCAAAUGAUGUAGUUGCUAUAGUAACACAUCAGUUUUCUGAGUCUUGUGUGCAUUGAUUUCCAUAACAUCAUUCACUACUAGAUAUUGUAUCAAUUUUUUUCUGUUCGUUCAAAUUCUGCAGCAUUUCACACGGCUCAGACUCCAGUGUUUGAAGUGGCAUUCAGCCGUUUGAAGGCCGCUCAGUCAGUCUCUUUUCUUAGACACUAUCGGUUCAGUCAGAGCCGCUAUGUUAGUCUCAUCAUCAGCGCUUUUUUGUAGACUUGAUGUUUUGUCGACCUCUGGAAACGCAUAUCCAGCUUGGAGGGCAUUAGCUGCUGGUGUUUCCAUUUCAGCUGACGUGUCCUACCUAUGACUAACAUGAAAGGUGGAUGUAAGUGUUGUUUAUAGUGUUAACCUUUGUGUAAUUAAUUUCUGUCCAUUGCUUUGAAAUACAGGGCUUUUCCAUAACAAGUAGGCAGCGACGUUAAUUAAAAACUAAGCCUUUGUUUAUCUGUCUUCAGCAUAACCUGUAAAUAGCUGUUUUAAAAAGAAAAAAGAUAAUAUCCUUUGGACAAAAUGCACUCUUGUUUCUCCAACUCAAAACUUUUAUUUAUUUAAGCAGAAAUUAUAAAGAUUGGGGAAAUUAUAGUGUACAAUGCUGGAGCCACAGUCGAUCAUUAAUUUUGUGUGUGGUGAGUGGCUGUAUGGAGGUUUCGCUUAACCACACGACGAAACAAGCUGUUUAAAAGUGUUGCAUUUACUAAGUAUUGAGAGACAUCAAUUAACACCUGAUGCAGAACUAGGCUACAAAAUGGAGAGUUUUAUAUCUUAAAAAAACACACACAAAGGUUUACUAACCAAUAUAAAAAAGGACAAAAAGGUUUGAAAAUGUUGUGUAGAGUAAUAAAUUGUAACAAUAUUUUAAAUAAAGUUAUAUAUUGGGAAAGAAA